AUGGCCUCAUACUCAGCCCCAGAGAAGGAGCUGGAGGCACUCAGAGACACUGUCGAGGCUGAGGCCGAGUUCGAGGCCCAGGCCGAAGGUGCUUCAGGUCCCACAGCCCGCAGUGGCGCCUCAGCCUCAGCGGCAGGCCGCGCUCUCCAGAGCCUCGAAGCGGAAAUGUCAUAUUCACCCCCAGAGAAGGAGCUGGAGGCACUCCGAGACACUGUCGAGGCCGAGGCCGAGGUCGAGGCUCAGGCCGAAGGUGCUUCAGGUCCCACAGCCCGCAGUGGUGCCUCAGCCUCAGCGGCAGGCCUCGCUCUCCAGAGCCUCGAAGCGGAAAUGGCGGCCGCCACAGCAGCCGACGACACCUCCGCGGCUGGUGAAAACCCGGGGACAUUUUCUGUGCCUGAGAAUCAGCAUCUCGACCCUGAGGGUAGCUGUGGCCCAGACAUAGAACUUGGACGCGUUAGGCCCAUGACGAGAAGCCAGAGAGAGGUAGGCGAAAGCCCGAAAGGCUGCAAUGGCGGCAGUGGCGGCAGCGGGCCCCCAGCUCAAACAAAGAGCAAUAGGAAGAGGAAGCCGCCCAAGCAAAACCUAACUACACAAAGUGCAGGUGGGCCUCAGCUUCCAGAAGCUCUAGAGUUGCCGCGUACGCCUCAACCACCACCUUCUCUGAGCUCUCAGCCUAGCAGCAGCCACCAUUUUGGACUUUCAGUGGGGAACCUAGAAUCCCCGGGGCCUACCCUCAGGAGUACAGCCAAGGCAGGCUACGUGUCUACUCCAGCCCCUAAGGCCCUCAGCCCAGCCACUCGGGCUGUUUCUGGUCUUCACAGCAGUGUACCUGAGUCCAGCAGUGCUGGGAGCAGCCACUCCACCCCUGCUGGCCCCGAACUCAGUCAACAGGCCACUCUGCAGGUUCCUGGUGUUGGUUCUGACUCCAGAGGCAGUGGGACCCCUGAAGGCUGGGUUCUCCGCUCACGAGUCGUAACCUUUGGUCAUCAGAGCAGUGCGCCGGAGGUCAGCCCGGAAGUUCACCCUGAAGCCCACCACAGUGGCUGGAAUCUGCGCCCUCGGGCCACCCCACGGGUUCCUGUUGUUCACACUACCCUGAGGUCCAGUCCUGAUAGAAGCAGCCGUGCAACACAGAGCAGAAGCCGAAGCCGCAGUGCACCCAGGUUCGACUCUGACCACCAACGCAAACAAAAACUAAGCAUGGAGCCGCAGCUGGAGUCGGAGGAAGAGCCGGAGCCUGACCCAGAACUUGGCCCUAGCAGCCGGCCACAAGCAAGCCUUUCCACCUUUAGGCCUGCAAUUCCAAGGAGAUCCUCGCUAGCACCGGCAGGCUCUCCUCCAAAACGCCCCGUCCGUAUGCGGGCCUCUUCCCCUUCUCCUCCUGGUAGGCUCUAUCCUUUCCCUGUGCAGUAUAAUGAAGAUACCAGUUCUUCCUCCUCAUCCCCCAGUGAGGUCUCCUGUGUCCCUUUUUCCCUCAAUAGGUCAUCAGAGCAGGGCUCCUCAUUAAGCUCUGUCUCCAGUGCUAAUUUUAGUAGUAGCUGUUGGCCUGCCUUUAUUCCU